AGGUGGGAGAGCCUGGACUCCCCGCCCGCGGCGGCGCGGUCGCCCAGCGCGGGCUCCCUGUCCAGUUAAUGUGUUAAGAGCCAUUGACAUUUGAAGAUCAUCAGAAGUGAAGAUAAAACAUCUCAAAAAUUAUAAUUGCUUCCACUUCUCAUUCAGAGAAUUCAGUGCAUACAAAAUCUGCUUCUGUUGUGUCAUCGGAUUCCAUUUCAACUUCUGCAGACAACUUUUCUCCUGAUUUGAGAAUGGGGAAAUGAGGCAAUAAAGAAGUUGGACACCCGGACUAAGCGUACCUAGCUAGCAUGUAGAACAGUCAGGAUAUGAGUCCAGGUCCUGAGGGAGUCUAACAAAUUAGCAGAAAUGGAAGAACCGCCCUUGCUUCCAGGAGAAAAUAUUAAAGACAUGGCCAAAGAUGUAACUUAUAUAUGUCCAUUCACUGUUCCUGUACGAGGAACUCUGACUGUCACGAAUUACAGGUUAUAUUUCAAAAGCAUGGAACAGGAUCCCCCAUUUGUUUUAGAUGCUUCUCUUGGUGUGAUAAGUAGAGUAGAAAAAAUUGGUGGUGCUUCUAGUCGAGGUGAAAAUUCUUAUGGAUUAGAAACUGUGUGCAAGGAUAUUCGAAAUUUACGGUUUGCUCAUAAACCUGAGGGGCGGACGAGAAGAUCCAUAUUUGAGAAUCUAAUGAAAUAUGCAUUUCCUGUCUCUAAUAAUCUGCCUCUUUUUGCUUUUGAAUACAAAGAAGUAUUCCCUGAAAAUGGAUGGAAACUAUAUGACCCUCUUUUAGAAUAUAGAAGGCAGGGAAUUCCAAAUGAAAGCUGGAGAAUAACAAAGAUAAAUGAACGCUAUGAUCUUUGUGAUACAUACCCUGCCCUCUUGGUUGUGCCAGCAAGUAUUCCUGAUGAAGAAUUAAAGAGGGUGGCAUCCUUCAGAUCAAGGGGCCGAAUCCCAGUUUUAUCCUGGAUUCAUCCUGAAAGUCAGGCCACAAUCACUCGAUGCAGCCAGCCCAUGGUAGGAGUGAGUGGGAAGCGAAGUAAAGAAGAUGAGAAAUACCUUCAAGCCAUCAUGGACUCUAAUGCCCAAUCUCAUAAAAUCUUUAUAUUCGAUGCCCGGCCAAGUGUUAAUGCUGUUGCCAAUAAGGCAAAGGGUGGAGGUUAUGAAAGUGAAGAUGCCUAUCAGAAUACAGAAUUAGUUUUUCUAGAUAUCCACAAUAUUCAUGUUAUGAGAGAAUCCUUGCGAAAACUCAAGGAGAUCGUAUACCCCAACAUCGAGGAGACCCACUGGCUGUCUAACUUGGAAUCUACUCACUGGCUAGAGCAUAUUAAGCUUAUUCUUGCCGGAGCUCUCCGGAUUGCUGACAGAGUGGAAUCAGGAAAGACGUCGGUGGUGGUGCACUGCAGCGAUGGCUGGGACCGCACCGCCCAACUGACGUCCCUGGCCAUGCUCAUGCUGGACGGGUACUACCGAACCAUCCGCGGAUUCGAAGUCCUCGUGGAGAAAGAAUGGCUGAGCUUUGGACAUCGAUUUCAGCUUGUGAGUAAAGAACCUUGAAUCGAUGUAUUCCAU